UUCCAUUGGAAUCAUUAGCCUGCGUAGACAACCAGCAAAAUGAGUGAGAGCUUUGAAUUCAGCCGGAACAACGAACUGUUGGCACUUUACGCGAAAAAUGCCUCGAUUCUGGUAUUCAAAAUGUUUGGCGUGACGGCACUCACCGCUAGGGCUCGAUUUGCUACAAGGAAAUUUCCCAGCAUUGAAGACGCGAAAGCUUUGAAUGGUUCGUUGGGAACCGACGAUAAAAUUGAGAGGAGAAGAAGGGCGCAUUUGAAUGAUUUGGAAAAUAUUCCUUCCUUUUUGUGCAUCUCGUUCCUUUAUCUGCUUACCGAACCUGAGCCCGAGGUAGCAAAGACGCUUUUCUGGACCUACACAGGCGCCAGGGUCAUCCACACCCUGGUCUAUGCUAUCAAACCUGUGCCGCAGCCAGCUCGAGCACUUUCUUUCGGCGUCGGCCUCGGUAUCACCUGCUACAUGGCCGGGAAGGUUCUCAUCCACUUUUGCUCUCCGAAAUAAAAUUCCCCAAACCUGGCUACAACUGAAAA